AUGUGCUCAGAGAACAAAGGACUCUUCCCUCCUGAGGUGUCGGCGUCUUACAAUUCUGUUCGAGGUUCAUGUUCAGAACCUGGCACAUUCACUACACUUUGCAGUGUUCCUGAUGUCCCACUACCCCCAAAACUCACUCAUCGCACCAAGGGCAGCCUCAGUCUACAGUGGAAGCCCCCAGUUGACAACGGAUCCAAAAUCACAAACUACCUGCUCGAAUGGAAUGAGGGGAAGAAGAACAGUGUUUUCAGAGAAUGUUACUUUGGGAGCCAGAGACACUGUAAGCUGACACGACUGUUUCCCGCCUGCAGCUACACAUUCAGGGUGGCUGCACACAACGACAUGGGCAUAAGUGGUGUCAGUCAAGAGGUAGUGUUUUACACCAUGGGCACCCUGCCUGCUCUGCUGCUGGCGCCACGGCUCAUCAGGGCUGGGGUGUCCUGGGUGACUCUGGAGUGGGUGCGUCCUGAAGGCAGUCCCAGCGAGGAGCAAUUUAAAUACACACUUGAGAUCCAGGAGGACAACAGCGGAACAGACUUUCAUCCAAAGUACACUGGAGAAAACUUGACCUGUACUGUACAAGGCCUGAAGAGAAGCACACAGUAUAAAUUCAGGCUCAUAGCAUCAAACAUGGAAGGAAAAAGCAGUCCAAGUGAAGUCUUAGUGUGCACCACCAACCCAGACAAACCCGGUCCUCCAUCUACACCCAACAUCACUGGGGUGACACCCUACAGCUUUAUGGUCACAUGGGCUCCUCCCCAAGACAACGGGGGCUCAGAGGCUCUUACGUAUCUGCUGGAGAUCUCAGAAGGAACAUCUGAAGUGAGCCAGUGGGAGGUAGCGUACAGCGGCCCAGAAACAGAAUGUGUGUGUGAGAGGUUGACACCUGGAACUUUGUACCAACUCCGUGUAUGUAGCAUCACCACCGGAGGACACAGCCCGUGCACCGUCAGUGUUCCAGUCCAUACAUUAAGCGUUCCACCAGGCCCUUGCCAGCCACCAAGGAUUGUGGGUAAAGCCAAACACAAGGAAGUGCAGUUAGAAUGGGACUCCCCCAUGUGUGAGGGUGUGUGUGAAGAGUGUAUGUACAGUCUUGAGCUGAGUGAGGGAGACACCAAGCUAGCAGAAGUUUACCACGGCUCGGAGCUGCAGUGCACGGUCUCAAGUUUACUGCCUGGUGCAACAUACAGCUUCAGACUGAGAGCUGCCAACGAGGCUGGGUUUGGGCCGUAUUCUGAGACAACAGAGGUGACGACUGCAGCUGGACCUCCUGGCCAGUGUGGGGCGCCGCUCAUCACACUCACGAAUAACACCUGCAUAAUGCUCAACUGGGAGAGCCCCGAGGGUUCGGGUGCAGACAUUUCAGAGUAUCGAUUGGAGUGGGCAAGGGAAGACGAACCCAUGGAGCUCAUCUACGGUGGGUCCGCCACGCAGUGUGAACUGUCAGAUCUGACGCCUGCCACAGAUUACUGCUGCAGGCUACAGGCAGUCAAUCAGGCGGGUGCUGGUCCAUACAGUGACAAGGUGAGCUUCCGGACCCCGGCAACAAAUCCUGACCAGGUGUUGUCCCUCACUCUCCUGGACCUCCAGAGCUCCUCGGAGUCAGGCCACUCCCCAUCUACCAGCCUCCUCUUGAAGUGGGACGAGCCAAAUAAUAACGGUGCAGAGAUCACCUCCUACAUCAUCACCGUGGAUGACCAAACCAUCACUGUGGAGUCAGGGACCAGUCACCUCAUCACGGGCCUGCAGCCUGACAGUGAAUACAGAGUGCAAAUCCAGGCAGUGAACACCAUUGGCUCCAGUCCCAUGAGUAUGUCACUCCUCGCAAAGACACGCCCCCUGCCCCCAGCCCCGCCCCCUCUUGAAUGCUCAGCAGCUGGCCCACAGAGUCUGAAGCUCAAGUGGGGCGAGAACUUUGGACACAUACGCACCCUGCUUGCUGAUGACAUGGUCUAUACACUACAAAUGGAGGACAAGAACCACAGGUUUGUGACAAUCUAUCAUGGUCCCAGCCAUACUUAUAAGGUUCAGCGACUGAUAGAGUACUGCAGCUACAGCUUCAGAAUACAGGCCAUCAGUGACGCCGGGGAGGGUCCAUUCUCUGACAUGUAUACUUUCUGCACAACCAAGUCUGUUCCACCUGCCCUCAAAGCCCCAAGAGUUCACCAGCUGGAGGGGAACAUGUGUGAGGUCAUAUGGGAGACAAUUCCACCAAUGAAAGGAGAUUCUGUGAGCUAUGUUGUCCAGUUGCUGGUUGGACGGGAAUCUGAAUAUAAACAGGUUUUUAAAGGAGAGGAAGGCUCCUGCCAAAUCUCGAAUCUCCAGGGAAACGUAGAGUAUCGUUUCCGUGUUGGCGCUUGCCGCCAGUGCCGGGACACGUGCCAGGAACUGUGUGGACCACUGAGCCCCUCCUCGUUGUUCACGCUCCAUCGCCAGGAGUCGCCAUUGUAUGGGGAGCAGUGUGCUUUGGAAACGGGCAAGGGGGCGGGCCUGAUCUCUAGCGACGAACGCUUUGCGGCGCUAAUCGUGUGCGUGUUUGCAGGUCUUUCCAUCCUAAUGGCCUGCUUGCUACAGUACUUCUUCAUGAAAUGA